AUGGUUGAUGUCACCACUGAGCAACCAUUGCUUUUUUCAGAACGACCAGAGUGGUCGGAUGUGGUACCUAUAGAACAAUACGACGGUGUUUCGCCUUUAGCCCCGAUUUUCUAUAGCGAGGAAUACAAAGACGCGGCGAACUAUUUCCGGGGGAUUGUCAAGACCGGGGAGAUGAGUCCUCGCGUUCUCGAUCUGACGGAGAGGAUUAUCAGGCUUAACCCCGCACAUUAUUCUGCAUGGCAAUACCGCUACCAGACCCUCCUUGCCACAUCCUCCUCCCUCGCCGCCGAGCUCGCGCUCACCAACGCGCUCACCAAGUCCUUCCUGAAGACAUACCAAGUAUGGCACCACCGCCGGCUGCUCGUCACACUGCUCAACGAGCCCGCGCCCGAGCUGCCGUUCGUCGAGAACGCGCUCACCGUCGAUGCGAAGAACUACCACACGUGGAGCUACCGGCAGUGGGUCCUCGCGCACUUCGAUCGCGCAGAGAUGUGGGAGGGUGAGAUCGCGUUCGUGGAGCGCAUGCUGGACAAGGAUGUGCGGAAUAACUCGGCGUGGCACCAUCGGUUCUUCGUCCUGUUCGAGAGGGGCGGAGCGAAGACGGAAGAGGCUGUCAGGCGGGAGUUGGUGUUCGCGAAGGAAAAAAUAGCCUUAGCGCCGAAUAACGCGUCUGCGUGGAACUACCUCCGAGGCGUGCUCGACCAUACCCACACUCCAUAUGCGACACAGUCUUCCUUCGCCAAGCUUUACACCGUGUCUCCGGAGGAGGAAGAUGACGACGACGAAGACGAGCGUGAAUCCGAGGAAAAAGGUAGCGAGCACGACGUGCUCGACCUAGAAAACCCGGCGCCAUCGAAAGGUGCAAAGCUGCCGUGUGUGGCGGCUCUCGAGUUCAUGGCGGAUGUGUACGAGGCCGAGGGCAAAGAUGGGCUCAGCAGGGCCGUUGAGCUUUGGACCUCCCUCGCAAGCGAGCACGACACGAUCCGGAAAAAAUACUGGGAGUACCGUAUCAAAGAGGCAACCACAAAUGUCCAACAAAGUUGA